AUGUCGCCGCCACUUCUAACAGGAUCCGGAGCAUCGUUACUUCGAGGAUGCUUCUCGUCCUUUUCUGCCAUUCGUAAUGCUCAUUUCUUGGCUUCGGUGCCAAUGAAAAAACGAGGUGUCGAAGGAACACUGCCAAAAGAUUACUUUGACAACAAGACAGUCGUUGUCUACUUCUCCGCCGGUUGGUGUGGUUCGUGUAAGUUCUUAACACCAAAACUCAAAAAAUUCUAUAACGCUGUCAAGGAAUCGGAAGCUGGAAAGAAUUUAGAGAUUGUCUGGGUAUCGCAGGAUAAAGAGGAAGCCCAUCUCGAGGAAUAUUAUGAGAAGAAUCUUCCAGAUUGGCCGUAUAUUCCAUUUGGUGAUGAGAAUAUGAAAAAACUCGCUGAAAAGUGCAAGGCUGCGGUCAUUCCGGUUUUGAAACUGGUCGAUUCCGACGGCAACGUGGUUCAUGACCGUGUUCGUGCUGACGUGGAAGCCGGCAUCAAAGCGGACCCAGUCAAAACGAUGGAGGAAUGGAAGAAGUUGUUGAAGCAGUGA